UGGGAGGGGGACUGAAGGACAAAUAGUUUCCUGAGCCUUGACCUCCUCCUCUGUCUCCCUUUUCCACUUGACUUUUGGAGUCUUACAAAUCAGGAGCACUGUCUACUGAUUUACAUCGUAGCUCUUACCUGGGAAGAAGACAGCAGGGGUGAUACUCUCCUGUGAGGACAUUUCUGUAUUUAAAGGUUAGGGAGGAGGGGACUAUUGAACCUGAAGUGGCCUGGUGUGUGGCUCCUCAGGCUAAAAGGUUUGGGUCUAGAUGGGACUUGAACAGGAGGCUGCAGAGAGCUGCCACAUAUGGCUACUGCAAUCCACACAGCUGACUCUAGAGCCCCAAGAAGGGAAGGAGCUUGGAUGCCACUGUGUCACUCCUGCAAAGUUCACUCUGUAACUCAUGCCAUCUAGAGGGAAGGUGUUGGUUGUCCUCUCCUCCAAGCCUCUUUGAACCCUUCCUUGGAGCACUGUGGGGAAGGAUGGUGGAGACCAUGUUUUCCUCCUGGUAUGGAUUUUGGAGCUGCCCCUUACCACAGAAGGAAGGAGCUAGGAUGUUCUUUUGGGUGAGCUGUUACACACAGGAAAGAAUUGAACAUGGUGGUCACACCUCCUUGGCCAGCUGGGAAGAUGUUUGUCCUAUCUCAUGUCUACAGUAGCACCUCUGAGGGCUUUGUUCUUCCAUUGGGAGCCCACCAAGGAGGCUGACACUUGCUAUUAUUUCCGGGAAUCCCUAGUAAGAAGUGCACAUAUGGAGGUUUUUUCCUAGGAUCAAAGUCUUCUGGCUUAAUAGCAGCCGUUGGAGCUUUGCAGAGGCAGGAGUCAUGUUAAUGUGUAAGCCACAGAGAAGUUUAGAGCUGCAAGGUCCUAUGUGCAAAGCAUUUCUGAGCUAAACUGCUGGUGUCUCCCUGCCUGGUUGCUCUGCUCUCUGAGGAAAAUGACUGGAAAUAUUGAAAUCUUAAACCUGAAUAUGAAGCCUGGGAACACCCUGAAGGUGAAGGGCAAAAUAUCUGCUGAUACUGUUGGCUUCAGCAUCAAUCUUGGGUGCAGCUCAAGAGAUCUGGCAUUUCACUUCAAUCCCCGCUUCAAUGAGUCUGUCAUCGUCUGUAACUCCAAGUGCUCCGAUUCCUGGCAGACAGAGCAUCGUGACCGCCACCUCCCUUUCUUCAGGGGCUGCACUGUCAAGUUCUUCAUUGAAAUGCUGUCAGACAAAUUCCGUGUGAAGCUGCCGGAUGGCCAUGAAGUGUGCUUCCCCAACCGGCACGGCUACCGCAACAUCAACUACGUAAGCAUCAUAGGAGGCCUCAAGAUCAUCUCCUUCAAGCUGAGCUGAUGGGCACUGCCUCCUAGCUCUAAUAAAAACCCAAGCCAGUAGAAUAUUGCUUGUUCCAGCUGCUUUGUCUUCUGUGAGAGCUCUGUGUCCCUGUGCAAGC